GUGUUAUCCCAGUCCACAUGACUUUGUUUGGUUUCAAUUACAACUCCUCUUAAAUUUCACAAACCUCGGCCGCCCAGCACCACCGCCUAUUCCUCGCCGGAAAACCAUGGCCGGAAUGUUGAACAUCACCAACGUUCCAAUUUUCAGGCCACUACCACCAACCCGCAGAGCAACGAACCACAGAGUGUUUAUGGUGAAGUCGUCGGCAAAUACUUCAGAAACCCCUUUGAGUUCGAUUUCGGCGCCGCCCAAUUUCAAAGCUCCGAAGCCCAAACCCUUUUCGAUCCGACCCGAUAAGAUUAUCGACAUUUUAGGGGCUUCUCUCGCCUUGCUCUUUCGCCUCACCACAAGUGUACUUGUCUCAGGGUACUCUGUGACCGUUGUGCCGGAAAAUGAGAUUCCGUCCGACCAGUAUGCUCUAGGAUUCGCCGGUUAUAAGUUGAAAGAGACUUCAAAAGUAGGCCCUCGCCCCGAGAAGCCGAUCGAGAUAUACGAGUUUGAAGGCUGCCCAUUUUGUCGGAAGGUUCGGGAAAUUGUUGCAGUAUUGGAUCUUGACGUGCUGUAUUAUCCCUGUCCGAGAAACGGCCCGAAUUUCCGGGCCAAGGUUUCUCAAAUGGGUGGAAAACAACAGUAUCCUUACAUGGUGGAUCCAAACACGGGAGUCGCUAUGUACGAAUCAGAUGACAUAAUUAAGUAUUUGGCCGGGAAAUAUGGUGAUGGCAAAGUCCCGCUUUCGCUCUCUCUCGGUCUGUUAACUACUUUGACAGAGGGAUUUGCUAUGAUUGGUCGAAUGGGGAAGGGUUCUUUGUACACUCCAUCAAAGCUGCCGCCUAAGCCUCUUGAUAUAUGGGCAUACGAGGCUUCACCAUUUUGCAAAGUCGUACGCGAAGUGCUUGUGGAGUUAGAGCUACCUCACAUACUUCACAGUUGCGCUCGUGGAAGCCCAAAACGGCAAGAAAUUUAUGAGAGAGUUGGGCAUUUUCAGGUUCCUUAUUUGGAAGAUCCAAACACAGGAGUCCAAAUGUUCGAGAGUGCGGAAAUUAUCGACUAUCUGAGGGCAACGUACGCUCUCUAAAAGUUUUAUUGUAAAACUAUUUAAAACAUUCUCGUGGUCUUGUACAUGUUAGCUCGAUUGAAAUACGCUGGUACAUAUCACUGUAGAUUUAUAUACGAAUCGCAUACUUAUACAUGUGAAUUGUGUAUUA